AGCCCAGAACCUUCAACCCUACCAAUACAAAUACAUCAUCUCUUCCACCUUCUAGGGUUCUGCCAUUAGCCGCUGCAACUGCACCAAGCGAAGAGCAAAACAGAGAGAACAAGAAACAGCGAUUCACUACAAUGGGUAAGGUUCACGGAUCUCUUGCUCGUGCUGGGAAGGUGAGAGGCCAAACUCCCAAGGUGGCCAAGCAGGACAAGAAGAAGAAGCCCCGCGGCCGCGCUCACAAGCGCAUGCAAUACAACCGCCGAUUCGUCACCGCCGUUGUGGGAUUCGGAAAGAAGCGUGGACCUAACUCAUCUGAGAAGUGAUGAAGAUGCUUGGAGGAUAGUUUUUAUUUACUUGUGCUAUGUAUUACUUGUUUUGAUUUGGUUGUUGAACUGAAAGUAAGAUGCUUCUUAUUAUGGUUGAAUGAACCAGUUUUUGCUAGUUAAUAUUGAUAAUAUGAUUGUGUAAGAGAUUCGUUUUCACUCAUAAGUAUGGUAUUUUUUCUUUGAAA